AUGUCCGGCGGCCGCGGCGGUCGUCGGCCGGCCUGGGGCCUGGUGGUGGCGGCCUCGGCCCUGCUGGCGGCGCUGUCGCUGGGCUGCCCGUCGGAGCGGCGGCGCCCCCUGGCGGCCCUGGCGCUGGCGCCCUACUUCGGCACCAAGAGCCGCUACCAGGAGGCGGCGGGGGGGGCGGCCGCGCAGGCGGAUGGUCCCGGCUCUGCGCAUGCGCGGGGCUGCAGCCCGCUGCAGCUGGUGGCGGUGAUCCGUCACGGCACGCGGUAUCCGUCCGCGCAGCAGGUGCGGCUGCGCGGCCUGCUCCGCGCGCGGACCUCCUUUCCGCCCUCCUCCUCCGCGCCGCCCUCCUCCUCCUCCUCCUCCGCGUCCGUGGACGGCGACCUGUCUGCGGCGGGCCGCCGGGACAUGCGGGAGCUGUCGGAGCGUCUGGCCCUCCGCUUCCCGGGCCUGCUCAACUUACGCACCCUGCCCCAACUGCGCCUGCGCACCAGCUCCAAGCCGCGCUGCACCCACAGCGCGCACGCCUUCCUCCGCGGCCUCCGCAGGCGCCUCCUCCCCCCUCACCCCUCACCCGACGUGGAGUGUGAGGCACCCGAGAUUAAUGAUAAGCUAAUGAGGUUUUUUGAUCAUUGCGAGAAGUUUAUAACUGAAGUGGAAGAGAAUGCCACGGCGCUUCACCAAAUAGACGCCUUCAAAAAUGGACCAGAAAUGCAAAACGUUUUGAAGAAGGUCGCAGCUCGUCUGCAGGUGCCGGCGCAUGAUUUAAAUGCAGAUUUGAUUCAAGUGGCGUUUUUCACCUGUUCAUUUGAUCUGGCUAUUAAAGGUGUUCAGUCCCCCUGGUGUGACGUCUUUGACACAGAUGAUGCUAAGGUACUGGAAUACCUAAAUGAUCUCAAGCAGUACUGGAAGAGAGGAUACGGUUAUGCUAUCAACAGCCGAUCCAGUUGUAACCUGUUUAAAGACAUCUUCAAAAACAUGGACCAGGCAAUUGCUGAGAAGCAAAGCGCUCAACCCAUUACUUCACCGGCCAUUCUCCAGUUUGGACAUGCAGAAACCCUUCUACCCGUGCUUUCCCUCAUGGGUUAUUUCAAAGACAAGGAGCCCCUGACAGCUUACAACUUCAACCAGCAAGCGCAGCGCAAGUUCCGUAGCGGGCGUAUCGUGCCCUACGCCUCCAACCUGAUAUUUGUGCUCUAUCACUGCGAGCACGCCGAGACCCCGGAGGAGGAAUAUCAAGUGCAGGUGUUGUUGAAUGAAAAGGUGUUGCCUUUUGUCCACUCUCAAGAGACCACGUCCCUGUACAAGGAUCUGAAAGACCACUAUAAGGACAUCCUUCAAAACUGCAACCCUGAAGAGGAGUGCAGGUUGCCAAAGAAGAACAACGCGGCUGAUGAACUCUGAGUAACACAAGGACACAGUGGACCGACUGGGGAAUCUCUGGAUGCGUGACCCUCCGCUUGACGCAGAUGGUUAUUUGCUUUGGCCUUGAUUUCAAAGAAAAGCUCUCACAGUAGCUAGGCAUUUCUACCUUUUUCCCAAAAUCAUGUAGAGUGAGUGUGUGUCUGUGUGCGCACGUGUGUGCGUCACACACAUACAAGAGUCUGACAUUGCGAGGCUGUGCGUUUGUGAUAAGGAAGUGAGCCCCUCCAGAAUGUACCUCAAACCUUCAGAGGUCAUGGACAGAAUUGAAACCCUGUAGGUGCCAAUAACAGCUAAGCAGCCCUGGUUUCCAAAGAGUUGCUUUGUUCGUCCUUCUCAAACCAGUCCUAGGAAAACUAGGAAACACGGCUGCUGGUGGCUCUGCUGCCCUCUUUUGUUCUUUUAAAUAGAGAGUUGCGCUGCAGUGUUACUAAUUCCUCUCAAUCAGAAAACAUUUUGAUGAUCAGGAAUUACCCAGUUUACUUAAACACAAUCUUGCUUCUCUGUCUCAAAGAGAAAUGUCAGAAUGCUAAUGAAAGCAUUUAUCUGCUGUCUGAUUUUUCAAGAGGACAGUUGUACUGAAGCUUGGGGAAGUAGCAUUUAUCCAAAAACAGUAUGGGGAGCACUUUUAUCUUUAUCUUAUUUGUAUAGCCUUUUUAUACAUUUUAAAAAUGCCUUCUGUCCACUGAAGUCCUCCAAGGUGAGGCCCAUUUUUUACAUGCUACCCUGGGACCGACAACAGGCCAGUUAGAACAGAAAUCCUGAGUCCUUUGCAGGGAGGAUCCAGUCCCCACUUCCACUUGGUCAUUACGGAGUUUUCUUUUCCCCAAAUGGAGCUGUCAGUGUGUCCUUCUCAGUGGAGACAUUUCCUUCCCGGGCGGCCCCUUGAGUGUUGUAAGAGCCCCACCAAAAUAGGUGAUCUCUUAAGAAUUGUCCAAAGUAAAGGAAAUGAGCUAACAUUACAUUCUGAAUUCACUUUUUCCACCAUGGGACCUUUUUUCCCCUCCUAUAGAUGAAAUCUUCUCCAGGGACAAUCUGAUUAGGUCCGAGGCAUAUUAGGAGCCCACUUUGGCAGGGCUGGUGGACAGUUAGCUCUUGGUGAGCAGUUUGCUUUAAAGAAUCGGAAUUUUUUCUUGGCAAAGGAAAGACUUCUGUUUCUCAUUUACCUUUACCUGCUAGCAGCACCAAAACACCUGGGGUAAACAUUGGUUUUCGCUCUGGAGUCCGUUUCUUUUGUUACCAGUAAGACCAUAAUGCCAAGAUUAUCCAAAGACAGAAUUGCUUCCAGUUACACAGAGAGGCCAAAGAAAGCCAGCCUGAUCUUAAGAUGGGAAUGACAGGCCGCUAGGUGAAAGUGAAGAAAUCCUUUGGGAUUUGAUUUUUUAAAUUCCUUGAAAUUUUCCUACAGAGAUGAUCAUAUUCUAGAGAGAUGUUCAUAUUGCAGAUCAAAACAAUCCAGUUUGAUUUAAUCUGCCCUGCCACCUGCAGAAAUGACAACUGAAUAAUUUCAAAUCAUGUUUAAAUUGGAGGAAUAUAUAUUUUUCCCAAGAUUCAGUGACUUGGUAAGGUGGAAAGUAAUUGUUGCUUGUAAGUGGUGCUACAAUUUAUUCUCUUAAAGACCUUGAACCAAAUGUACACUUGUUAGCUAUAGUUUGAUCUUAGAUCAACAUUGUUCAAUUAUUUGCUUUAAAUGGCUUUAAAAAUGUUUAGUUUAGAAAUUGAGAAUUUUUAAAAAAUUGAAUAUUUGGCAGAAAGUGAUAAUUGACUUCAGGGUGCAGUAAGAGAGCCUGGUGAGGUGACUGUUGAUUAGUAAUGAAAUAUUUCUUUAGUGAACGUUAUUUGAGAGAAAUCUUAAAGUUUCUGCAGUUCCAUGAAAUUUAGGAUUUUUAGAAAUAUGGUGCUAUUUUGUUUUUGGUUUUUUUUUUCUAACAGGAAACAAUCCAAACUUGUAGAUUUCAUAAUAAGAAAAUGCAUUGGUUUAGAUUAGCUGCAGAACUGAGAGAAUCUAUUUGAUUUAAUCCUGUGGAGUAGCUUCGUUUGUUUUAAGAGUAGCCUUUGUUUACAAAGACAUUAUGCUAAUACUUAAUCUCUAAUGUACUUACUGACAUUGUAUUAGCAUAAGUAUACUUUUUCUCUGGUUUAAUGUAGAGUUGAAGUGGACCCUAGUGAGAUGCAUUUAUAUUGGAUUGUUUGCCUAAUAGUAGCUCAUUCUCAUUUCCAUGCACAUUAUACUUGGGAUUUGCUGUGUUGGGUCACAGAUGUUGUUCCUAUAUACAAACUCUUUUCAUUUUAAGACUCUGAUAAAACUAUUGUGGACAAA